AUGUCUGUGGCCACCUUGCAACGUGAUACCGCCUUCCAGGCGCGGUCUUUGUUCCGCUCUUUGAUGCGCCAAUCCUCCCAGUUCUCCAACUUCAACUUCCGCGACUACGCCCGCCGCAAGACGAGAGACUCGUUCCGCGAGCACAAGAAUGAGACGGAGGAGCGUCGGAUACAGGAGUUGAUUCAGGAUGGUCUGAAGAGCCUGCGUUUGUUGAAGAGGCAAACGGUUAUCAGCCAGUUCUAUCAGUUGGACAAGCUGGUGGUGGAGGGCCAGAAGACUGGCAAGGAGACAGGAGACAAGGGAGAUAUUGUCCGCCAGAAGGAUACUGGCUGGGACUAA